UGCUGUGAUGAGUUCACGGGGGGCGUUUAGCUGGUGGGUGCCUAGGAUCGGGUUCCGCUAGGCUGGGCAAAAGGGAGCAGUUCAGGCUUUUAAAUAAGGGAGAGUCUGCCCUGCAAGCCAGCAGCGUCGAUGCGCUGUAAAGAUUUGUGAGCUCGCGUGCAACGGUCCGGCGAGUCUGAAGAGGGAAGGUGCGGACGCCUUCACUGGUUCUUCGGAACACACUUUCUGAACAUAGAAAGGGUCGUGGCUAAGAAAGCGGGGGCUCAUCUCUUCCCCGUUCUAAGAAGAGUUCUGGCAAAGAAGGCGGGCGUCCGCCCGGAGUAGGGGGGCUGCUGCACGCCCGGACUCACGAAAAGGUGUUAGCCGUUGUCCUUGGCGGUGAAGAGGAAGGGUGUCGGGUGGGGAAGGAAGAGUUGGGGAUACGCUGACCUUUUGGGGUGCCAGCUGCCGGCACAGGUGGCUGCUCACUGGGCGUUAGAGCGGGCGUGGGCGAGCUGAGCGAUCCGGUGAGCACGGCUCGGGGAACGAGCGGAUUUGAAGACCUCUUGCAAGGGAGAGAGGCUCGAGAUGGGCCCCCUGCUCUCUCUCGGGGUUGGGCUCCUGCUGCUCCUGCUGUGGGCCCGCUACAAGGGGAUCGCUUAUGUGCUGGUCCAUCACCGCUGGAUUUUCGUGUGCCUCUUCUUGCUGCCUCUUUCGGUCCUCUUCGACAUCUACUACCAGUUCCGCGCCUGGUUUGUGCAGAAGCUUCACAGCGCGCCACGGCAGCAUAACUUGCGAGUUCGCAACAUCCAAAGACAGGUACGAGAAUGGAAGAAAGAAGGCCAAAAGACAUAUAUGUGCACAGGCCGUCCUGGCUGGCUUACAGUGUCACUUCGUGUUGGAAAGUACAAGAAGACUCUUAAGAAUAUAACAAUCAACUUGAUGGAUGUUCUAGAGGUAGAUACGGAAAGACAGGUUGUCCGUGUGGAACCUCUGGUGACAAUGGGGCAGUUAACAGCACAUCUCAAUCCCAUGGGCUGGACCAUUCCAGUGGUACCGGAACUUGAUGAUCUUACAGUAGGUGGCUUGAUCAUGGGGACUGGCAUUGAAUCUUCCUCCCAUACUUAUGGACUAUUUCAGCACACCUGUGUGGCUUAUGAACUUGUCCUUGCUGAUGGAAGCCAUGUGAGGUGUACACCAGACGAGAAUUCAGAUCUAUUUUAUGCAGUACCUUGGUCUUGUGGUACACUGGGCUUCUUGGUUGCGGCAGAAAUAAAGAUGAUCCCAGCAAAGAAAUAUGUGAAAUUGCAUUAUGAGCCUGUAAGAGGAUUGAAGACUAUCUGUAAAAGAUUUGCUGAAGAAUCUGGGAGGAAAGAGAAUGAUUUUGUGGAGGGUCUGGUGUAUUCUUUGGAAGAGGCUGUCAUAAUGACAGGAGUUUUGACCAAUGAAGCUGAUCAGAGCAAGAUUAAUAGAAUCGGGAAAUACUACAAGCCAUGGUUUUUUAAGCAUGUGGAGAACUAUCUGAAAGCUAACAAGACGGGAGCAGAAUACAUUCCAACAAGGCAUUACUAUCACAGGCAUACACGGAGCAUUUUCUGGGAGCUCCAGGAUAUCAUUCCUUUUGGCAAUCACCCUAUUUUUCGCUUCCUUUUCGGCUGGAUGGUUCCUCCUAAAAUCUCCCUUUUAAAACUGACCCAAGGAGAAGCAAUUCGAAAGCUGUAUGAGCAGCACCACGUGGUUCAGGACAUGAUGAUCCCCAUGAAAAGCCUUGAGCAAUGUAUUGAAACUUUCCACAGUGACAUUAAAGUUUAUCCACUGUGGCUGUGCCCCUUCAUACUGCCUAAUAACCCUGGCAUGAUUCAUCCGAAAGGAGAUGAGGCAGAGCUGUAUGUAGAUGUGGGAGCCUAUGGAGAGCCCAAAACGAAACAUUUUGAAGCCAUGGCUUCCACCAGACAGAUAGAAAAGUUUGUAAGGCAUGUUCAUGGUUUUCAGAUGUUAUAUGCAGAUUGCUAUAUGACCCGUGAGGAGUUCUGGGAAAUGUUUGAUGGUUCCCUAUACCACAAGCUGAGGAAACAGUUUCAGUGCAAUAAUGCUUUUCCAGAGGUGUAUGAUAAAAUCUGCAAAGCUGCAAGGCAUUAAAUCCAAUUCACCCAAGCAAGGAAUCAAGGAGACAUUGGAUUUAACAAUAACUAAUUUCUGUGCUCCUAACAAAAAGAUGUUGUUGCUGUCCCAAAGACUUCAGGCAUCAUUAAGAGUGCAUACUCCUCCCUGUUUAUCAAAAUAUAACUGGUAAUUUCUUUUAAAAACAAUCUAUACCCUUCAUAAUGUUCUUUUUUAAGGAUUCCAUUUUUAACCUAUCUGGUUUAAUUAGCUUAGCUAUUGAUCUGCAUUGAUUUGUUUAGUGAUCUAGAAGGGAAAUGGAAAAAGCAGAAUCCUAAAGUAGAACAGUGACUUCUAGUUAAAAUUACACUUGAACUAGUAAUUGCCAGUGGGAGUUUUCUGAGAGAUCUGCUGCUGCAGAUGUCAUUGGAUGUCGUUCCAUUUUUAGAACGUGGCCUCUGUCUGAGAGUAGCGUCGAAUGCAGCUACCAAAUAAGACUGCCUUGCAAACGUCACAGUUGCCUAUGCCACAUUGCUAACCUCACCCAGGAUUUCCAUGAGCACCGUUUGCAUUAGACUCACCUCUAUAAACCUGUCUGACCACUUUCGGACUUUGUUUUUCAGGCAGUUUGAACCAGUCCACAUUCUUCUUAGCUUCAUUCUUCACUCACCUUUAUAUAUUUCUUUGGUGGUUCCCCUCAAGGUUUCUUUGCAGACAAAGACUGUUUCUGGCAUGCAAUGGAGAAGGAGGGCAUUUAUAUCUUUGUUUUGCCUGUUUAUAAAAUAGGUUGUUUUUGUCACAGUAUUACUGGUCUUUUAGCACACCCUGAUGAGCUGACGGGUUUUUCUCAGAGGUUCUCUUACAAGACAUGGAAUAUGUUACACAUAUGUAUACUUCUUCCUGUUAACAGGUUUAUAAUGUGCUUGUCAGAAAUGCAAGACUAGUCUCACUUUUAACUGAACACAGAAAGUAUUGCCACUGAUUUGACAUUGAACUGCAAAGAGAUUUCAUUUUUGUGCCUACCUAUUCUAUGCUUAUUUCAUGAAAUGUAGUAAAUGGCAGUGGAGUUUUGUAUAGUAGAAGAUCACGUACAUCAACCAUGCACUGAAAGGCAAGAUAUUUUUCUCUUGCCUUUUCAGUUGUCAAAUUGUUUCAAUCCCUUUACAGAGAUAUUUGUUGUGGGACUCUUCCAUUUCUACUAAGGAUUUUUAGUGCCUUAAACUGGAAGAAGCCUGGAUCAUUUUCAAAAGUUCAGUAGCAGUUAGAAGUGUGUACGUGUGUGUGUGCCUGUGCAAGAGACAGAGAACCUUUCUUUCCUUGCUGGCCAGACUUGUGCACCACACUUAGGAGAAAGGGAGUUGGAGGCCUUGUAUCAUGCAGCCCACUAUUACAUAUAUUUAAUCAAAGACUCGUUGAGUUGGUAGGCCUUAUUUCCAACUAAGAACACAGAGUUGGAGCUGUAGAGGUACAGAAGCCAAAUUCUCAAGUAGACAACAUGAAAGACUGGGUAUCAUUUCUUCGUUAUCUUCUCUAUUCCUGUCUGGGAUUUCAAAUGUUAAAGUGCGGCUGUUUUCUUUCCUGGAUUAAUAUAAACUACUAAUUAGAUUAAACUUUCUAAUAUUAGUUGGGUAAGUCUCUUUAAGAGACAGGGUACCAAUACCUCCAACAUAAUUUAACGCUUGAUCACUUUUCGUUCAAGCCAUGAAACUUGAAGCUACUGUUUUACAUCAAUAAUCAAUUUAAGGGGUCUUGUUUAAUUACUGCUUUACAUCAAUAAUCAAUUUAAGGGGGUGGGCUUUGUUUUGAUUUUAGUUACACCAGGUCUAGCCAAAAUGUGAUCCAAAGACUAAUUAUUUAUUUGAACAUAAGGAUAAAUCUUUGGCUUGAUAAAACAUGCCAUAUGAAUACAUAUAAGCAACUGUCUGUGGGGUUUGAUUUACAGUGCUCAGCUGAAGAUUUUAUUUAUCAGAGGGCUGGUUGCGAGCAAACUAAUGAGAUCUUCUAGUCAUUCAGAAGUGCACACAUGAUCACAUUGUGAGCCAUUGGACAAGUAUUUCUUGAGAGGUAAAGACACUGCUUACAGUUAGGUGGUCCUGUUCAUAUAUCUGAAAACCACUCUCAUGAUGCUUGUGAGAACAGAAAACGAGGGAAUCUACAAAAGGCCACCAUAGCUAUGCCAGUGUGUUUGGCAUAAGUUGAAUGCAGAAAUGGACUGGAGAGUUAAAGGUAAUCUGUGCUCACCUAUUUCUGUAGGAUAUGUCUUUCUUUUGUGCCACACAUGGUAUCACAGGUUGCAUCUGCAAGUGUGUGGGUUGUCCUCUGUUGUUGCAACUAUAGUACAAAGAGACAGCUCACUCAGAUGUUCUAAUCUAAUGCCAGAAGCAACAAUGUACUUUAUGUUGCAACUGUCAGCUGUUCUCUGCUGCUGUACUUGGGCAGAAAUUGUGGUAUUACCAUAUAAAUGUUAUUUUGAUGUGGCCAAAUAAAGUUGUGUUGAAGACUUUUAUUGUA